AUAAGAACCCCCAAAUUAGCGUACCAUACAUCAAGAUGGCAGCUUCCACAGAAAACAUGAUUAAAAAACAUUUCGAGAAAAAUUGUCGAACAAAAGAACAUAAUGGGGUUCACUCAUCGAAAGUUCACUCUGUAGCAUGGAAUUGUGAUGGCACUAUGCUUGCAUCCGGAUCGUUUGAUAGAAAUGUUUGUGUCUUUUCGCUGGAUAGAGAUAGGAUGACCAGAGAAGCAACAUACAAGGGUCAUGUCGGCAGUGUGGAUCAGCUGUGCUGGCAUCCCAGAAACCCAGAUGUGUUUGUGACCGCAUCGGGAGACAAGACGAUCAGGAUAUGGGAUACCAGGUCUGCCAAGUCUAUAUCAACUAUAGCUACAAAGGGUGAGAACAUCAACAUCUGCUGGAGUCCUAACGAGCAGUACAUUGCCGUCGGCAACAAGGAUGACCUGGUGACCUUUGUAGAUGCUAGAUCUAAUCGUAUCAUCAGCGAGGAACAAUUCAAGUACGAAGUGAAUGAGAUCUCUUGGAACAACGACAGUGAUCUCUUCUUCUUAACAAAUGGUCAUGGUCACAUCAACAUCCUAAGCUUUCCAGACCUGAAACCUCUGCAGGAACUCAGUGCCCACCCAGCUAACUGCAUAUGCAUUGAGUUUGAUCCAACCGGAAGGUACUUUGCCACAGGAAGUGCCGAUGCCCUGGUGAGCCUUUGGGAUGUUCCCGAGCUGGUUUGUGUCAGGACCUUCUCAAGGUUAGACUGGCCUGUACGUGCCUUGAGCUUCAGCCAUGAUGGGCAGCUCUUGGCAUCUGCCUCUGAAGAUCUCAUCAUAGAUGUGGCUCAUGUCGAAACAGGUGAAAAGGUAACGGAAGUCCACUGCGAAUCGCCGACCUUCACCGUAGCCUGGCACCCCAAGAGGUACCUGCUUGCAUUCGCCUGUGACGACAAGGACAAGUAUAACAGAGAGAGGGAUGCAGGCAGCAUCAAACUGUUUGGAUUACCCAGCGAUUGACCGUAAGAACACCAUGGCAACUUGUGAUCAGAACUCUUGAUGGAGAGGAUUUGAGAAACAAUGCAAAGGCAAUCUGUGACAGAUGACAGACGGGCUCUGGCAACAAAUGGAUAAUCUGCAUGUUAAGCCAAACAUGAAGCCUAACCUUCAAACUUAAUAAACACUAACAGGGACUAAUUUUACUUCUCAAAUUUCAUUAGCAUUUGUGGUUGCUAGAGAAAAGCUUUCAAAUAUGUUCUGUACAGUUCUAUGUAAAAAAUUGCUACACAAGUGAAAUUUUGUGUAGCUGUCAUGAAAUUAUGUGGAGCAAAUUGCAAUGGGAUACCAGGGGUCUGUUGCAGAAAGAGUUGCGUUUAAACGCAAGUCA